UAAUCGAGUUAGGCGUCGCCUGGGAGCAGUUUGGCGUCGGGCGGACGCCUACAACCCGCCGCGGACGCCGGAUGCAGGUCGUGGGGGAAGGACGCCAAAGACCGAGGCCGCACGGGAAAGCGACCGCGGCCCCGCUGGAAAGCGACCCCGUCGGCGGGAAAUCGAGGGCGAGGGCGCGGGCGCGGGAAACCGACCGUGCGAGGCCUUUACCACGGGUGCGGGCCAGCUUCACGGAGAGGGAGAGGGAGUGGAAGAGAAAAGGCGGAGGCGGAACUCUCGGCGGCGGCGGCGGUCCUGUAUCUCCGCUUGCCGCUCCUCUGUUCAAGCAUCUCCACCGGGCGACUGUACCUGCUCCACCCUGUCCUCAGCUGCAGCUCCCCGUCCGCACCCGCAGCUCCUGCUCGCCCGCCUCCGUGGAUUGUCUUCCCGUCCACACCUACAGCUCCGGCCCGUCCGCCCCGUGCUCCCUCCUCUUCCUCUGCUUCCUUCUUCCUCUGUUUCUUUCCUGUCUCUCUGCUUUGUUGUAUAGUGUGACUGGAAGUGCUCGGUUUUUUACAGCUGAUAGCACAAUGGCAAUUGAAAGGAGAAGUCGUCUGCAGAAUGCUGCUCAGAUCCUGUGGGCAGAAGAUUCUUCCCAAUCUGUGGAUCCAAUAACUCCAGCACAGGCAGAGCAGGGUGUGCCAACAACUGAGGGUGGUCAAGCUGUUGCAAGCUCUGCAACUUCUUUGGAGGAUGGCAAGCUGAAGAUAUAUUCCUCUCCAUCUGAUUGCUCCUUGCAGGCCACUCCAUCCAAACCAUAUGAUCCAGCUCUUGCAGAUCUCAUGGAGAAGAAGCUGUCCAGCUCGUUAGAGCAGAUCGAGAAGAUGGCGAGACGAAACCUAAAGAAAACUUAUUAUCUGUCAUUCAAAGGUCACAUUGACUGAGGACGAAAUUUUUAGUUGAGAUUUUGAAGAGCAGCGCAAAUGAAUGCACAUAUAAUAUCGCUGGAGAACUGCAAGAUCUACUUAAACUCACAAAUUAGGUUGGGUAGAUAUACCAGACAUGAAUUUAUUAUGCCUUAUUAUGCAUGAGUGUUUUCCGGAUAAUAUACAUGGUUAUAUACAAUUUCGUGUGACUUAAACUA